CUUGCAUUUAUGUGCAUAUGUACAUAUGUAUGUAUGUAAGUAAAUUUUUAUGCUUGCAAUGAAGUGGAAAAGUUUGUCGCGCGUCUUAUGGCACAGGAAAUCGACGUAAAUUGGUUGGAAACAAAAUCCAUCCAAAGUUAUGCCGAGAAUGGCCGAUAGUGUCUGCAGGAAAUACAACCGGGGCUUGCUUGCAUCGCGGAAAAAUGACCAUCAAACGUGCACGCGAGCACGCAAGCAAACAGUCGCAACUACUCUGAAUGUGCGUGAGCAUUUCCGAUCUUCGCUGGAGACAUCCGAAUACGAAAAUACAUCGAAUAUGUUUCAUGCGACUGAGGCGGAGUCAACGCUAAAUCUUUUACUACGCUGUGAACUGCUGUUGGCGAACUAUUCCAAGGAUGAUGCAAGUACAACAACACUUAAUAACAAUGAGCGCAUUGUCAAUGGGAAAAUGAAGUCAAACGAAGUCAAUGAAGGAAUCAAUGGAGUUAAUGGGGUCAAUGGCCUGCCAAUGCAAACGAGGACAAAUACAGCGGACAGUCAAAGCAAUAAUUCAACAAAGAACGCCUCCAAGCAGACAGAACAACAGCACGAAGACGCUUCGUACUUGGAUAUGAGCGGAGGAGGCAAAGCUUGUGGCAAGAAAUCCUCCAGCUGGUAUGAUCACUGGAAUAAUGAAACGAAGAGCGAUAAGACUUUCCGGUGCUCAGUACGUCUUGGCAACCAAACCAACAGCCAGGCAUACAGUGAUGAUGAUUUCGAUGAAGAUGAUGACGAUGACAGUGAAGGCAACGAAGAUGACAACGGCUCUCAAAAUUAUGAUAUUUGUCAGGUAUCCAGCCAUGACAAGGACGAGAUGCAGAAGGCAAUAACGCCCGAAUUGGAACCAAUGCAAGCGAUUGAUUGCCCUUAUAUGGAUUUGCCUGCGGGCCACCUCUCCAUCGAGCGCGCCACCAAAUAUGGUCAGCUGCAACGCAUUGAGAAGCGUUUAUUUUUCGAUCAAUGCAAAAAGUAUUACUGUGGUGUGUUGAACGAUUGGCUUCUCUGCUAUGCAGAUGGCCCCACCGCAGCACAUCCGAGCAUUACCUUGUAUCUAAAGCACAGCGGCAUCGAAAUCGAGCAUUAUGGUGAGGGCAAGCGUCGUGAAGUUUGCUUCCAGAUAACCACCGCCGAUCCCAACAAGAAAUUCCUGUUUCAGGCGAAUAGCGAGGUGGAUGCCAAAGAGUGGAUAAUCGCCGUGGAGACGGCUAUACGUGGGGAUGCAGCACCAGCCAAUGUUAUGAAGAACGUUCGGAAACUGCCAACACCGCCCAUUGUUAAGAAAAUAACAUUCAUGGGCCAUAUGAGCGCCGCGCCAGCUCAUGAUUGCAUUUACGAGGAACCUUCUCCGCUCUUCCAAACAGAAAAGUCACCCAACAAACCGCCAAAUUUGCCAGUAAAGAAGGACACCUUAUCUGCGCUUGAUAUGGUCAACUGCUUUGAGUACGAUGUGCCAAAGUGUCCACCACAGCCCAUUAAAUCAGUUGAUAUUAGCCACACUGAAUCGGAAACUGUUGAGCUAUUGAAUUUAGGUGAGAAGAGCAUGCUGAGCGCUGAGAAAAUUGAAUUCCAGUCCAUUGUCAAGGAUGUGCAUAGUAAGUUGUCUAGUCAGUUAUCGGCGGGCACGACGCCGGAGCGUCUAAAAAAGGUCGCCAAAAAGACAUACUCCGGUAGCAGUGCCAGCGAUGUAGAAGCUGUAGCGCUUACGCCCGCUUCAGCUGCAGCGGCUAAAGAACACAAGAAACAACGCAAAUCGAUCACGCCAAAUGUCAGUCCGCAGAAGGGUAGCAACAGUGUCAUUAACAAUCAAAACAAUACCAGUAACAAUACGUGUGCUAGCGAGCGAGCAGCGGUGAAAAGUUGGUUUUUCAAUCGGCUGAAUAAAACCACCUCUUCGGGUCGCAGCACCAGUUCAUCCAACUCCACAUCUUCUUCGCCAGCCAAAUGCAAACAAAGCGAAAAAGAGAAUCUACUGCAGAGCCUCGAAUUGCAUGACACGGUGGAUGGUGGUGGAGGCAGUGAUGCUCUACAUAACACCAGCAGCAAUCCCGCUUCACCAAUACUAAAGAACUCAUCCGCUGGCGGCACUGCCGGUAUGGUGGAUAGCUCGAUGAAGAGCAAAGUUGAUCUGAUAAUUAAAGAGUUCGAGACAAGUGCGCACAUGGGCAUGCUCACCAUGGAAACGUUGGCGGGUAGUGCUGUGGCCUCACUUAGUUCCUUCUGCGACAAUGACUGCAAUAACUAUGAGCCCAUCAUGACUGUGACAACACCACCAAGCAGCUUUUUGAAGAAAAUUUAGCUGGCGACUUGCGGAAAUAGCCGAGUGUAGAUUGAAGACAUCACUGGAUGGGUGCAUGGUGCAUCAGACACUCAAUUUAUUUCUAAUAUUAAUUUUAUAAAUUCAAUAAUGCUUUAGAGUUGCACUCUUGCUAAAUCUUGAAGUGCGUGGACAAUAAGAGUAUUCAUUAUUUCAAUUAAAGAACUGUUCUUUGGAAUAAACAAUUUUUGUUAGAAUUAAAAUGUAA